AUGGAUCGAAUAUCUCGUCAGCAUGUGGAGUCAGCGACUGCCAGCACAAACCAGGCAGCUCCGGCGAGCGAGAAGGCGGCGCCGCCCUCUGAUGCUUCGACCACACCGGCAGCCCCUAGCGUCAUUGUGAAGAGGAAGCCAGGACGGCCGAGAAAACAUCCGCUACCGGAAGCUGGCGCUCACACGAAUCAAGCCCAUCCGCCCGCCGAGCCCUCCACUAGUGCCGGACCAGCGGAGAACAGUGCUGAAGCAGACUUGGAAGGAGCUGCCUCAUCGGACGGCGUGCGACGAAGAUCGCGGAAAGCCGCGCUGAUAUCAUCUAAGCGCACCAACACACUGUACAACCUACGUCGCUGGACACGGCCGCCCAAGCCGCGCCGCAUGCAGCCCACGAACGAGGAAGACAUCAUCGAGGCUUUGCUGGGCGACGGUUGUCCGUCGGAGACCGUUCCGGCGAAGAGCAUACCUGCGAAGAGGUUGAAUGAGGUCAGAGCGACUGGCGCAAUCAAGCGAAGGACGUACAUCCCCACGGGGCGUCCUAGAGGUCGGCCUCGGAAACACGCAUCGUCUGAGACUGUACGGAAGGCAACAUCGCACGUUUCGAGUCCGCCCAAGAAGUCGGUAGCUGCACAGGAGACGCGACUUCCUAUUUCCUUGCAAGCGCGCGAGCCUACACCACCAACUGCAACCACACCUGCACCGGAGCCAGCGACCGCGUCCGCCUCAGCACCGAAAACGGCUGAAGAUCCACCGACCAACGGUGCGCCCGCAAGAACCAUCUUUGACGCAAUGAUGGAACGGGCGACGAUUGUCGGUGUCCCCCUGCGUUCAAGACCGCCAGGAAUCAGCAGAGAGCCUGUGCGACGCGCGUCUGAAAGAAGCAGCGUCGGCAUUCUGGACAAGGUGGCGCUGCGCGCUGAGCGGGGAGAGGAGAACGAGGAGGAACCUCGGAUCCUGCUUCAUCAGGCCGAGCGCCCGCCGAGACUUUCUUCGACUACCACCGACCCAACGCUUAACGGGCUUGCUGGCCCAGCUGCUGCUUCCACCUCGGCCAGAGCGGCUGUCGUACAUGCUUCUGCUUCCACCUCUACACGGGGUAUUAGAGGUCGUGGUCGAGGUCGAGGUCGGGGUCGGGGUCGAGGGCCAGGGCCAGGACGCGGAAGGGGCCCAGGUCGACCCAGAGGACGUGGGCGAGGAGGUAGGGCUCUGCCUAGCGCUAGAUCUGCCAGAGCGUCGGACAGUGCAGACCUGGCAAUAGUCGAGACGACUAGAAUAGGGACGUCUCUCCAAAGCGCAGCGCCACGUCAGCGGCGAUCCACUCGGACACGGAACGAGGCGGACGGUGCGCAGACAGAGCUGCACGAGGGCGCUGGAGUACAGUCGACGAACAUGGGGCAGGCUGGAGCAGCGCGGCGUGGGGGCGACGAGUCUGCCGAUGGCUCUACCGCCGAAAGUGCACAGUCAAAGAACGGAUCGCUGGUCAAUUCAGUAGGCGGGCAAGCAAAUUCCGAUAGCGCUCUCUUGACCUCGUUCGCUGAACGUGGUAAGAGCAGCUCGAUCGAGUCCGCGCACGUGCAUAACCAAUCACCUAUCAUUGGUGCCCAAGCUGAUCCUCCGACGGCGCUCGCGUCGGCAAAGAAGCAUGCGAGGCCCAAAGCUCGACCAAAGACAUACUCUAGACUCUCACGUGCCUCAUCCGACACAAUCUCUAGACAGCGCAUCGGUGAAUCUGUGCCAGCCGAAAUUCGUUCAAGCUUUGUCGCGCAGAGCAACGCACAAAGCGACGUUUCUCGCGCAUCAGAUACAGCAGCAUCGCCCCUCGACGGCUCAUCGGCCGCGUUGUGUGCGGACGAGACGUUUCGGACAAGCAGGACGGAUGGGGUCUUGGCAGGUCCCAGGAAGCUGACUUCUGCCGAAAGUGUCGACGAGCAUGCAACCAUGGGCAGGGCGUCGGGAAAAAAGGUGAAGGGCCGUGGUGGGGAGAGUGGUUUGGGAAAAGCUGCGCGAAGGGAUCGGGCUGUCGAUGGGACUACGAAAGCGCUGCAUGGUUCGAGGAGGCACACUCGGACGAUGCUCGAGGCGAAUUCCACCUUCAAGCUGCCCAUGCCUUCCUUUUGGAAAAGUUGA